AUGUCAGUGCCCAAGCCUCCUGUCGCGAUCAAGAAUCACUGCUCCGUCAUCCAUGACGGAGUCAUCUACGUCUAUUCGCCAGACGCUUUUCAGACAUUGGCGCUGAAAGAGGGCGCGCAGUGGCAACAAGAAGCAAAUGGCGUAUCGGUAACAGGAGCAGUCUGCGUAAAAGGUGGCGUGGAUGGAGACAACUCCCAGUCGGCCUUGUACGUUGUGGGCGGGGCGACGAAUGCGUCGACAACGGACUAUACUGGCCUCCAGCGAUAUUCAUUUGAGGACAAGUCAUGGCAAACCAUUAUCCCCGUUGUCAAUGUCACCCAAAACCGCCUCAAUCAUGGAGCGGCUUAUAUGAAUGCUUCAUCCACUUUGGUCGUCUACGGCGGAUCUCAGAAUGACAAUACCGGGCCAUCCUCAGAGACCUUUACGAUUGGGCUGUUUCCUCCCUACUCGGUGCUGGCAUACAGCUCCGAUGCACCGCCCACGGUCAGUCCUUUCAUGUUACCAUGGAGCCAGGAUCAUACCUUGAUGGUGGGCGGCAGCUCGACCAAUGACAAGCUAUUCACAUUCGGGCUUUCAGACGGUUGGCAGGACCUUGGCCUGACACUACCGAAUCCUCUACCAGAUCAUUCAAUAGCACAGAGCGCCCUAUUUACACUCGCCGACAACAGCAGGGUUCUACAAACCUUUGACCUCGGCCAGUUCCCGCCAACCGUGACGACAAAUGUUCUGUUGAAUGCAGGAGGUGCUCCCGCCACGUUUGGCGAGACCGUGGGAGGUAGCAAUACCUCAGACACUCCCUCGCCCUCAUCCACAACUACUUCGAAGGCAAGGAGGCAAGCAUCGCUUGACACCUACCCGGCCUAUAACAACAGUCUGGCGCCCACAGCUCCUCGGACAGGAUUUGAUCUGGCCCAAGGCGAUGGCGGACUCUUGGCUUUAGUCGGAGGUAAUGAUGAUAACCCAGUCCUAUUCUUUAAUCAGUCCGGGAAUCUUUGGAUAGCGGCGUCCCAACUCUUAGGAAAGCAACAACCGCUGGCGACGUCAUCGAGUAGGACAAUGCCGUCGCCAACUUCUUCAAGUAUACCAACAUUCGCUUCCACUCCCACAGGAUCGAGCACCCCGGCCGCUGCGGCUUCUUCUGGCAACAAGAGCCAAGGCUUGACUGUCCUUGGAGCGGUCCUGGGUGCCAUCUGUGGCCUUUUGGCGAUCCUUGUCAUCCUCCUUCUUUGGCUUAGAUCGGUUCGAAGAAGGCGGAAGGCGGGAUCUGAGAAACGAAAUGAAUAUCCGGACGACAAGAAAAGAAGCGCAGAUUACAACUACGAAGAAGGAGGACUUCGUCCCCUGGCAGGGCUUGGGCAGCCGAUGGGAAGAAGCCCAAUUGCUUCAGCCGUUAUACCUGAUUCGGACAAUACCUCUAUGUUUGGAGACAUAAAACCUGAAGCGGGAAUGGGCAUCAGACGUGUAUCGUCAGAUAAUGCUGCAACUGGGUACCGGGGGUCAGGUAUAGGAUUCGGACAGGCAUUGUUCAAGCGCGAGAAAGAGAAGGAAAAGGAGAAGGAGAAGGAGAAGGUCGGUCUGACCAUCUCAAAGCCGAUGAUGCCGAUCUUGAACGAUUACCAAGCUAGGCCGAGUAUUGAACUUGGAAAAGCGACCCCCCCUGACGCACCGGUAGCAGCUACGCCGCAGACGCAGUCGCAGAGAAAGGUGUCUCAACGCAAGACUGACGAAGGCUGGGGGAAGUACUUUCAGGGCGAAACCCUCGCUGGAAAUCGAACAACAUUCCUGUCCAGGAGCUCUGGCGCAAGGAGCGGGUUCUGGCCUGGAUCCGGCGUUCUGGAAAACUCCAGCAGGUCCCCCAAGUUUAUCCUCCGGGACAGUGUAGGCAACCCGCUGGAAGCGCAGAAUGUUGCAGCUGGGAGUCCAAACCUUGAACAUGGGCCCUCCAACCCUCAGUCGAGGGGCUUACAAUCUGUUCAAGGGAUAUCCGGGCAAAUCUCCAAUGCCGGCUCUGUGCGAACGGUAGAUUCUACCGAUGACGACGAUGACGACGACUAUGAAGACGAGCAGGUUUUCGAGGGGGCGUUUUCGAGUGGCAUUCCUGCCAGCGUGCAUGACAUGCCCUGGACACCGGUAGGGAAUACGUGGUCAGGGCCUCCGCAACGACCACUACGGCCUCCGAGUAGUUAUAUCGCAGCUCAGCAGGCACAGGCACAACGCUCCCCUCCGACAAUAAGCUCAAAUGAGGCCAGUGAUUCCACCGGAACCUUGGACUCGUCGAUCCCCUCUUUCCCGAUGCCCAACUCGGUUCGAUCUGCUCAGCCUGGUGGGAGCGAAGGCGCUGUCAACAACGGCAGCACCACAAUCCAUCAGCAGGUGACGAGACCCAGCCAUGAACAGCCUGUCGGCAGAGAAACCAACGACUAUUUCGGCUAUGCUCCAGCUCAUAAACGGAGCAAUAGUCGGCAGCUGCCAGACAACAACGCCACCGUCAACUCGGACAUGUCCUGGCUCAACCUGGGUACGCCGACCCGGUGA